AUGUUUUUGUUUUCAUGCUGGCGAACCCCCGAGGCGUCGCUUGCGCGGUCCAGAAGACACUACCGUCGCCAUGGCAGCCGGUUCACUUUCGUCGCCACGGCAAUCAUUUUGGCAUUGGCUGCGCGUCGUGGAGGCAUGGCAUUCCCGUCCAUCAGCCGACCAGAAACAAACUUGAUCACAGCGUCGCCAUCGGACUUUGCCAGAGGCAAACCAGCCGGGCAGGCGUUGCUCGCUUCAACUCCGGAAAGGCCCUCCAAUUCCAAGUGGUUCAGCGUAACCAGCUUGGCAUCGAUUCCUUUGAUUUCCUUAGCAACGGCAAAAUUACGAGGACUUGGUGGCCGCGCAUUCCGUGUACUUCGCAGAAGUACUAGAACGACGGAGGACGUGCGCGGUGAGGUUACAGGUGUGGUCGUGCCUGUACUGGCUGGCCUGACAGGCUGGCUGGCCCUGAUGUAUUCCAUCCAGCACUCCAUCGUGACGGUGCCUUUCCUCACGGGAGCGCAGUAUGAAUACUUCCCCAUUGUUGCCACCUUCGUAGCAGGCUACACUGUCAUCGUGCUGGAGGAACAGACCGAGAUCAACAAGGCAGCCACCGCGCUCAUCUUAGGUGUUCUGGUGUGGGCCUUGGUGGGUACUGGGGUGGACAUGACAUCGUCCGCUUUCGACGUCGCCAUCAAGGAGACGUUGGAAGACGUCUCCGAGGUUGUCUUCUUUCUCCUGGGUGCCUUGACCAUUGUGGAGAUCAUGGACGCACAUAAAGGGUUCGACAUUAUCACAAAGCUCAUCCAAGCAAAAACUCAGCGCGAGCUGCUGGUCAUCGUAUCAGUUCUGACUUUCGUGCUGUCGUCAGUGCUCAACAACCUCACUGUGGUCAUCGUCAUGGUGUCUCUCCUGCAGAAGCUGGUGAAGGACGAGGAUUUUCGAAUGAGGCUUGGUGGAAUCGUGGUGGUGGCAUCGAAUGCUGGUGGAGCCUGGACGCCCAUUGGUGACAUCACGACUACGAUGCUCUACAUUGGUGGCCAGGUGACCACCGUACCACUGCUGGCAAAUCUGUUUAUCCCAAGCGUUCUUUGCUUGAUUGGCACAGUGGGUUUUGAGUUAACCAGGAUGGACGACAAGCCGUUCGAGCGAACACCAUCCAGUCCUGGGGAUGACGAGGUGCCCAACGGUCAGGCAGUGGUGUUCUGGGGGGGCCUGAUCGGCAUGAUCACAGUUCCGGCAUUCACCGCCAUCACCCAAUGCCCAGCUUGGAGUGGGAUGAUGCUCGUCUUGGGCCUUCUGGGCUUGAUCACAUCCCUGUUGCACGAGCCAGACGACAAUCGCUACUCGCUGAAGGGCGCUCUCACUCGUGUUGAGGUGCCUGACGCUUUGUUCUUUUUGGGUGUUCUCUUCGCCGUCGGUGGCCUUGAACGAGUCGGGCUCUUGAAGGAGUUUGCCAUCCAGCUGAGUAAUCUGGUGCCCUCUGACGCUUUGGUCGCCAUUUUCCUGGGCUUUGCUUCUGCUGUGGUGGACAAUGUGCCGCUGGUCGCGGCUGCGCAGGGCAUGUACGACAUUUCGGUGCACCCUGCAAAUGACGGCCUGUGGAACCUGAUCACGUACUGUGCAGCCACUGGUGGUUCGCUGUUGGUCAUUGGCUCUGCCGCCGGUGUUGCCUUCAUGGGCAUGGAGAGAAAUGUCUCCUUUGGAUGGUACGUCAAAAGUGUGGCUCCUGCAGCACUUGUGGGCUACUUCCUGGGUGUUGGUGGAGUGUUGGCCCAGCAGGCUCUUGGACUGAGUGUAGCGUAG